GUGGUGACUGAAUCCCACUCACAAUGGCAGCAACCAUCAAGUCAAGGAAGCUCUGGACCAAUGCCUAAUCAAUGGCAACAUCACUACCACCCUGUUGGUAGCUCAGAUCCAUCCUCUACAUAUGGGAUAUCUGCACAGAGGGAGCAGAUGAGAGUCAGUGGGCUAACAAACAUGCCUGUUAAUGCUGGGCCCUUACCAUCAAUAUCUACGACGUCUGAUACGGCCCGUAGUUCAAGAUCAAAACAAAUGAUGCCUGAGAAGCCAGCGCCUGGUCCAUCCAAAUCAAAAAAAAGGACAUCAGAAAUAUCGGGUAAUUCCAACCCAAUUCCAUCGAGGUCUGAUGUCCCAGGCGUUUCUUCGGCCUCAACUCGAACAAUAAAGAAUACUGAUGGAAAAGAAGAAUCACUAGAUAGCAUACUAGUUAAAGCAUUAAAACCUACUAUCAAUGAAGCAAUUGCCACUUUGAUGGGGAGAUGUAGUGCAAAAAAUGUGCAAAUGGAGGGAAAUGAGCAGAAAAUGCAGAGAGAGGAUGUUGAUGAGACGGCGCCUCAAGAACAAAAUGGUGAGGAAGAAGAUAAUGUUGAUGGAAAAGAAGAGGCAGCUGGAACUGGUGACGAAGAGUCAAAUGAAGAGCUGAAUCCUGCUCCAUUAAACUUUGCGGUACCUGAAAACUGUGAUUUUAAUGCAUUAAGUCUAGAGUUAAGGGAAUCAAUUCUGAAAGCGAAAGGAAAUUUGCAGACACAGAUGAAACAAAGGAACAAGGCCUGUUUGGUUGGCAGAGAACGCGCUUCUUUCAGUGCUAUCCCUGAUUCGGUGAUGCAAAUGGUCAAGAAUUUUGUAACCUACUAUUACCACGAGGCAUCUGGUGGAUUUUUUCGGUCCAUCCUUGAGAUAGCGAGAUUCAUAUUGAGGGAGGAAUACCCUACGAAAGGGAAAAGUUUGAAGGAAGAUGUUGUUCCCAUGAAUCAAGAGCUGCAAGUCCACAAUGGCGAAGGUCGGUCGAAUGUGGAUCUAGAUCAAAACACUCAACUAGAAGAAGGUAAAAUGGAGCAAGAGCUCCACCUUACCACUACUAACCAUCUUCAGAAAGGGGAGAACAGCACUUCACACCUUUCAACACCUCUUAAGCUGCCUCACAAAGUGUUGAAAAGGAAAAUUGAAAGCCUAGUUAGUGAGGCUGCUAUAGAGGAAACCGGCUCUGUUCUCCCAUCUAAUUUGGAGAUGGCUAUGCCUAAUUCUACACAGGUCAGAGAGUUAGAUCUUCCUGUGCCUACUGAUGAUUCUGCUGCAAUUGAAAAUCUUGAAAGCUUUAUGCAGCAGUUGUCAUCAUUCGAUGCCGCAUUUCCAACAGAAAUGAACGACAUCGAUUUCACUUAUGGAGCUAAUCAUGUUUUUGAUGAUAACGACCAAUUGAUCGACCACAUCGAGACAUGUGAAAGCUUGGAAGAUCUGUAUAACUUCCUUCAUGGGAACAAUGGAAAGAAACCAAACAAUGACCUGCCUUAAUAUUUUCUUGUAAAAAAACUCAAAUGAAAUAUAGAUGGAUUGAAUCAUGGUGUUUCUAUUACUAUAUAUAUUUGUUUUGAAGGCCUUCUUGGUUCAGAUGAAUUCUUUGAAAAACAAGGAAAGUUAAGCCAAAUUAAGCAUGAAAUCAAAC